AUGUCCUACUGCUUGCCAGCACCUCUGCGUUCGCUGCAGUGCAGGGCCCACUACGUGAAGAACUACCUGCGCACGUUUCUUUCCACUGCCGACAGACACUUCAUGGUGGGCCAGAAAGUCAUCAUCUACGUCAUGACGGACGACCUCGCCGGCGCGUCCCGGGGGUCCCUGAGUCUGCAGCGCCCCGUCCGAGUGUUCCCAAUCGAGCGGCAGGAGCGCUGGCAGGACAUCAGCAUGAUGCGCAUGAAGACCCUCAGCGAGCACAUCGCCGCCCACAUCCAGCACGAGGUGGACUUCCUCUUCUGCAUGGACGUGGACCUGGUCUUCCAGAAGGACUACGGCCCGGAGACUCUGGGCGAGUCCGUGGCCCAGAUCCACGCUUACUGGUACAACAGGAACCCGGCCCUGUGGCCGUAUGACAGGAGCGGGCGGUCGGCCGCGUCCAUGACCAGCGGGGAGGGGGACUUCUACUACCACGCCGCGGUGUUCGGGGGCACCCCGCAGCGCGUGCUCCACCUCACCCGCACGUGCGCCCAGGGCAUCCUGAAGGACAAGCAGAAUCACGUGGAGGCCGUGUGGCACGACGAGAGUCACUUAAACAAGUACUUCUUCCUCCAUAAACCCAGUAAACUCCUAUCCCCGGAAUACUGCUGGGAUUUCCGUUUAAACAAGGAGGAUGACGUUAACGUCAUCAAGAAAAGGAGCAUCAACCGGAGCUUUCCGUUCAAAAGGAAAUGA